AGAGUACAGAGCGAGAGCAUACACAGCAGGCAGGCAGGCAGGAUAUAUACAAGUUUGAGUUUGUUUUAGUUGAAGCAGCACAGGGAUAGGAGUAGAGCAGGCGUAUUGGGUUUGAACGAGAACGAGUUGAAUACAAGUGAAGCAAAGGCAUAAAGAGAAAGAGCAAAUGAAACUGUAGCGGUAGCGGUGAUGGCUGAUGAUAUUCCUGAUGGUGGUGGACGUGGUGAGUUUGUGUAGCGAGUGUAUCUGAUGCUCAUGUCAGAAAAGUUUCAGCAUGCCAAUGGACAGUGGUGAUGGUAGUGGUGUGCUGGUAUAGGUGCACAAGGUACAGAACACCAGCACUAGCACCAGCAGUCAGCAGUUGUUGUGGUGGUAGGGUAGGGAGAAAAGCGUGAACGCGAACCGAGUACCGAGAGCACGACGAGAGGGAGGAGUAGCGCUGCUUCCUGUUGUUGGCGUUAGCCUAAAAAAAGGUUCUACUAAUGUAAUAGUUGAAUCUCAAGACCGAAUGUAUUCUCAAUGCGACGAAAAUGGUGAAGUGUGGCGAGAAGUGGGCAUUGAGUAAGGCCUUGGACAUUUCAAACCAUGACAGAAGCCUCGGACGAAUCUGUAUUGGCUCGUGGUAGAGCUCGACGCGGUCCGGCCGAUCAGUACAUAAUAUUUAAACGCCGAGUUUGUUUUUGUUAAUUUAUGGAUAUGAGGAUAAGUUUGAUUGCAAGUGGUUUUAGUUUAUAAACUUGGUGUAAUUUAAAUUGGUUCAUCGGCCUAACCUUGACGGCGACGUCGUCGUCGAGGGAAAUACCGAUCGUUCGCCACCACCGACAAAACACCCACACACACCCUCUACUUGAUCAACUGUAACACAGAAAGCACAUAAUAUCUAUAGCCAUGUGUAUAUAUAAAAUAUAUGUAUGUAUAUGUAGGACUGAGCACACGCUCUUGGAGCAUUCAUGAAGACAAGUCAUGCGCGGGUGUGAGUGCGUGUGUGCACGUUGCUUGCUCGUUCAUUCAUCGAAUCGAUGUCAAUGCGUACGCCUAUUUUCCACAUAUUUCAUAUAUUUUAACUUCAUAUUUUAUUAUUUAUUAUUAUUAUAAUUAUAAUAAUAAUCAUGUCAGUUUUAAAUCCUGGGUUAUUAAUUAUUAAUUGAGUAUGCAUCGACGUCGGUUUUUAUUAUUGAGAGUUUUAGUGAGCUUUGAAGUGACAUGAGUACUGAAGAUGACUCUAUGGACAGUGAUCCGGGUGGUAACUAUCUGGUGAGAGUUCAAGCCCAGGUGAUGACGAGGGAUGACAGCUCUGGGGGAUGGGUGAUACUGAGUGGUGGAGGGUUAGCUAACGUCUCGGUAAGACGAAGAGUAACCUCCUCCACAAGUGGUAUACCACAUCCACCUGGAAGUACCAAUGGCACCAACGUACCUGGUACCACUGCUGUCAUCUCUCCGUCAUCACCAAACACUCAAAACUCUACGCCUGGGACAGUUGCCUCCUCCGCUGGUCAUGGAUCCAGCACUUCGCCACCCAGUGCCAAGAGAAAUCACGAGUAUUUUAUUUACGGUAGAAGAAUCAAGGACCAGUCGGUUGUUCUGAGCUGUACAAUCAAGAAGGACUUCCAGUACAACAAGGUGAUGCCGACGUUCCACCACUGGUGCACGGGGGAGAAGAGGUUCGGACUGACGUUCCAGACAGCCGCUGAUGCCCGUGCCUUCGACAAAGGUGUUCGCCGAGCAGUCGAAGAACUGUUGGAAGGGCUCACCGAUUCAUCAUCACCUGCAACUCCAGACGCUGGUGACGACGGUGUUUUCAUGACAGUGAACCUCCCAGCAGAGCCACCGGAUCCACGGCAAUCCUCAGAUCCACCUCGUGGAAUAGUACGUGUACCAAAUUAUCAUUCCCAAUGUCAAGAGUUGCCGGAUCCACAUAAAUCCAGUUCAAUUCACUGUAUAAGCGGUGGCCCAUCGGUCAAGGUCCCACAAAGCCAUCAUCCCCUCGAGUCCAGCGGCGAUGUAGUAUCCGAUAAUUAUUCCUACGUCCAGCUUACGACUCUCAAUCAUGAUUAUCUUUAUCCCGUGAUCGACGAACACAAGACCGAUCGAAGUCCCGUGGAGCGACGUCACUCUUCCGGUUCGCUCAAGAAACCCGACAUAAUUGUAUCCCAGCCGACCAAGAAUUCAAGCAAACAGCAGCGAGGUAGUGCCAGACUAAAGUGUCGGCAUUGCCAGGAAAUGUAUAUGGAGCAUCAAAACCCUCGGGGAUCGUGUGAGUACGCGCCUGAUGCCGUUAAAAAUGGUAUUGCCACAGUAUCCUGUCUCUUGUGUGCUCGCUGUAUGCUCUAUCACUGCAUGAGCGACGCCGAGGGAGACUUUUCACAAAAUCCUUGCAGUUGUAGUGCAGACGACGGAUGCUGCCGGCGAUGGUUCGGCCUGGCUUUACUCUCACUAAUAGUUCCAUGUCUGUGGAUGUAUCCACCACUCCGUGCUAUCCACUGGUGUGGGAUGAGCUGCGGCAUUUGCGGAAGCCGUCAUCAUCCAUCAGAAUAACGUGAGGGACCCUUUGAUAUCUCUGGACCGUUUACGAUAACCGAGCCGCAGUAUCAAUCGACACGCGGCGCCGUGGCAAAUGUAUAUGAAUGCCAUGAUUUAAGUAUGGGACGGUGCCAGAGAUACCAAAGGGGUAGACAGCUUCCAGUUCACGCGCUCAUACAUCAGCGUCAUUUGUGAGUACUUUCAAAUGAAUUCUUCAGUGUCCUCGUCAAUGUCCUCUUCUACGUCUUCGUCGACGCCGUUGUCUUUAGAUUAUGUGACCUUUAACAUUACACUCAGAGUUUAUAUAUAUUUAUUUAUAUAUGUAUAUAUAUACUUAGUGCUGAUGUACUAGCAGGUGAAGGUAAAGAAGGUGGUUACGAAACGCCAGGAGGAGGUAAUGAAGCAGGAAGAAAAAUAUUUACGAGUUCUAGUUGAAGAUGAAGUUUAAGUUGAGGGUAAAAAUCGAGUAAUGCGGAGGUGGAUGAUGUUGAAGUAAUUACAAUUAUAUAUGAGUUUCAACUGACAAGUACGACAACGUUUUGCUCUCUUAUAGUUUGUUGUAUAGUUUAUUGGGCAAAUUAUCUCAAUGCCGGUAAUAAUUACAGCAAAUCGACAUCCUGAUCGUUGACGAUUUUAAAAUAUUGGCCAUGACUUUUAUUAAUUUUUAAGAAAGUUUUUUAAAAAAAUAAUUUAUGCUUUACGUUGCAAUUUUUAUUUAAAACUGCUCCCUAUUGUAUACUUUCUUCACUAUACGUUUUUUUUAAUAAUUUUUCUAUUCUAUUUAAUAAUUUUAUCGAAGAUUUUUUUUUAUAAAAAACGUUUUUCAGAUAUUUGAUAUUUCGUCUAUUACUAUUAUGAUAACGAUAACGAUAAUAAUAAUUAUUAUUAAUAUUUAUAUUAUUUUACAUAUGUGUCAUGAUUAAUUUAUAAAACUAUAUAAAUUUGCUUGUGAUUAAUUUCUUCGUGUGUUUUAACAAUGUUAAGAAACUCCAAAGAGAAUUAAUGGAAAGCUAGAUACAUUCAUGAAUGUAAUUGAACGUUGCGUGGGUGUAAUAUAAUUUACCAGACACUGAGAAACACUCAAUCUUGAUCUAGUGAAUUUUAUGGUACAACUGUUUUAUUUAUGACAAGGAAAAACAUCUUUUUAUUUAUCACAAAAAUUAUAAUAAAUAAUAAUAACUUUAUUUGUUAUUAUUUAUUUAUUUAUUUAUAUAUUUAUACUUUCUUUUUAUUAACAUUAUAUAUUUUUAAUUAAUAUAAAUUUUUACUAACAUUCAAAAAGUCGCGAAGCUCAAUUUUAUUUUGCACAAAGUUAUUAAAAAUAUUUCAAUGGCUAUUAUUUUAAAUAGUAUAUUGUGUGACAAGGGAUGAAACAAAAUGAUUUCAGACUAGGGUGAAAGCUGACAUCACCCGCAGGUGGAAAUCGUGUUUUAUCCUGAGUUACACACUAGAUUUUUCAUGAUUACCUGCAUUGGAACAAAGUUUCAGUGUCAGCAGCCAGUCGGAAACAAGUUAAUUUAAGACCGACUAUUAGCGUAUGCGUAAAUUGUCAUUUGCAAUUUAUAAUUCAGCAGAAACUAUAAAUUCUAUUUAUUACUCACACUAAUUUUUAUGAAACUUAAUCACAGUCAGAACUGUCAUUUACGUAAACAAAAUUAAUCGUCUGAAAUUACUAUUAAAAAAAUGACGUAUCAGAGUUUAAAUUGCGAAAGUCUCCAGUCGGCGGGCAGAAACUUUGUUUGUUCCCAAGGGACGAAACAAAUUUGUUUCUGCCCGCUGACUGAAAGCAUUCACAAUUUACGCGUUCGCUGAUAUUAAUUCGCGGCAUUGGACUGAAAUUCGCUUCUUUCGACUGACUGUAGAGACACUGAAACUUAAAGUUUCGAUGCUGGUAUGAAAAAAAUUUUUUACCACCGAAAGUUUAAAUUCCUGCCCUGUUUAUAGGGAAGAAAGUCGUUCUUUUCUAUCAGGAGAACACAAAUGAUAAAAAUUAGCACGUGGGCUAUUCUUCCAGGCAAAAAUUUAAACUUUCAGCUGCAGAUCUGGUGAAAAAUAGUGUGCACACCUUGUCUCCCUAGGUGUGUAAUAAACCAUAAAUGUCACGGACAUACUUUUAAAUUGCAAUUGAGAAUCGGCAGUCAAACUGAUCUGGAGUUCAGAUUUCUAAUUACGUUUUAAAUAUUUAUGGGACUCGAAUGAUGAAAAUCUUCCAAGUUCGUCUCGUGCAUUUUCCCAAAAGGUGAAAAAGUCGAUGUAAUCAAUUAAUAAAUUAAUAGAAAUCUAUAAGCCGAGACUUUGGUGUGUACUGCCCAGGUUUAAAAGUAAAUGAAUCUCCAGGUUUAAAAAUAAAUAAAACGGUUCCCUGCUCUAUGUCUCUAGUAUUCUAGUGAACCCCCGAGCUUUCAGUGUACAAUUUAUUGGGUACGGAAAAAAAACUUUAGAAAAACGUACGUAGUUAAUAAUUAAUUAAUUAAUUAAUAAUAAUAAUUUAAGGUAUAAAAAUUAAAAUAAAAAAAGGUGAAGAAAAAUUUUCUCCCUCAAUUUAACGUACGCGUAAUUUAUUAUUAUAUAAUAAUGUAUGUGUAUGAUUAUGUAUGCGUGGUAUAAUGAUAGAAAAAAAAAAUGAAAUGAAUAAAUACGAUAAUGUUUUAUGUAAAAAUUUAGGUAAUGUGUAAGUGAUUAAAUUAAGUAGUAUUGCUAAGAACCAUUGAGUAUUUCUUAUAAUAUCGAUUUGUUUCCCUUAAAGAACGCAACCGGAAACACAAUGAAGCUUUAAUGUCGCUUAACUUCGAAUUUUAAUUACAAUUAACGCAUGUCUGUCAUUAAUUAAUUUAUAAAUUUAUUAAUUUACUUAUUAAUUCAUUAUUAUUUUGUCAUCUAUUAUUUUUAAUUAACUUGUCAUUUAAAAAUUAAUUGCGUUAAAACUUAACUGCAAUCACACGUAAAAAAAAUAAUAAAUUGUAAUUUGCGAUUAAAAAAAAUUAAUAAUUAAUGUAAACAAAAAGAAGUACAGCCAAUUAAAUAAAACUGAUGAUUAAUUUUUUUAUUUAAGCAAUGGAGAUUUAUUUUAAUUGUAUGCUUUUUUUUUAUUGGUUGUACCAUGGAGCAAAAUACUUACAUUUAUUUAAAACUAAAAGGAAAUGAUGAGUAACAAAAAAAAAUGUAAGUACAAAUGCUUCUUUAGAUUAAAAAAAAAAAUAAUAACAAUGAAUAUUGAAAAUAAAAUAAAAGGAGAACAAACGUUAGUGUAUUCGAUUUUGUAUUGACUUUUUUACAGUUUUGUAUGUUAAAAAUGUUAAAUGUGUACUCUUGGGGGCUCACAAGAGUACACUAUUAUCAUUUUUUCCUUUAGGAUACCACAUUUUAGAGUUAAAUGUUAUUUUUUACACUCGUAUGCGCACUCCUAUGCACAUCCAUUUAAAAAUUUUAUUAGUUUACUAGACGACAAAAUUUUAAAAUAAAUUAUUAACAUUAAAAUAUAAAUAAUUAUUUAAAAAGUAAUAAAUUAAUUAAUAAUAAAUAAUCAUAUUAUAAAAUUAUUGUACUGAAUGUAUAGAUAUUUAAAUGACAAGCUGAGAAAAAAAAUAUUUAACAAUUGAUGGAUCUGUUGGAAUUAUAUUUGAUAUAAAAAAGAAAAAAAUAAUUGAAAAAAAAUAUAAAAUAGUAAUAGGAAUUAUUUGAUAUAUAUAUUUUUAUUUUUCCGUAAUUAUUGUACGCACUGAGGUAAUUCGGUAGCGCUUUUGAGAUUGAGGCGAUAGGAUUAAAAUUAAUUGCGAUAAUAUUUAAUUUAAAUGAAAAUACGCUUGUCGUCUUGUGUCAUAAAAUUUUAAAUUACAAUUUAUAUAAAUUAUUUUUUAAAUUCAUUGUAUAAAUUAUUCAAUCAUUGGACUUCCUAUUAAAAUAUUUGCUUUUUAUUAUUACUAUUAUUAUUAUAUAUAUAUAUUUUUUAAUUUUAGAUAAUUGUCAUUUAAUAAAUAAUAUUUUAAAUUAAAAUAUCGCGAUUAUUGAAUAAUUUAUUUAUUUAAAUAAUUUUUUUCUUAAUCUAUAAAUUUGAAUAUUUAAAAAAUAAUAAAAUAAAUAAAUUUUAAAUUAUAAAUUUUUGUCGAUCGUGUAAAUAUAUAAUGUAUUGUUUACUGCCAUAAUUAAAAAAUUGUUUUAAAUAAAAUAUAGUAAUUUAAAUUUUUGAAUUUUCAAAUUUGUUAAAGAAAUUUAUAAAUAAUAAUAUUUUAAAUCGAUUUAAAUAAAGUGGAUUUAAUUGUUAAAUUAAACGUUAAUUGUACACGUAAACGAGUAUAUAAUUUUUGUCAAAUGAAUUAAUAAAAAAUACGAUAACGUUAAAAUAAAAAAAUAUAUAUAUUAAUUAAUAAUAAUAUAAUUAAUAUUUAAAUAUAAAAUAAAAAUAUCUAAUCCUUUUAAUUUAUGAAUAAGUACAAAAAAACUAUUUUCUCAAUAAGUCCGUUGUGAUGACUACCAAAUGAUACGUGUGUAAUCGUCUUUUAUAUUUUUAUUUCUCCAGGUUAUUAAUUAAUUAAUUAAUUAAUUAAAUAAAAUUAAUUAUUGAUAAAAUUAUUUGAAAGACGAUAACACGGGAUUAUUUAAUGGAAGUACUGGGUAAAAAUGUAUGAAUGUAUUUGCGAAUGAUUGUUUAACUUUUGUUUAUUUUUAAAAAAAUGCUUCUUGUAAAAAUGUAUGUCUGUUAAUAAAACGAUUAAGUGUUUAAAUAUUUUAUGAAAAAAAAAAAAUUAAAUUAUAAAUCGAUGAACAAAUACAAAAAAAAAAUAUAUAUAUAAUAAUAAACGUGUCUAUAAAUUAUAUAUCGAACUUAUAUAACGCAUAUUUACUAUAUAUUUAACAAAAUAAUUAUUUUAUGAAAAAAUAAAUGAGAAAGCGACAUAAAUGUAUUUAAUAAAUUUAUAAUAAGUGGAUAUAAAUUUAAUCUGAAAUUAUCGGACUUGAUAUCUACCGGAAGUAAAAUAAAAAUAUAAAAAUAAUAAUAAUAAAUAUUAAUGUAAUUUAAAAAUGUGGUAGUGAAAUGUGUCAUGACAUUUUUUCUCUCUUGAUGAAUCCCAUUGUUUAUUUGGGCUUCUUCCAAAAUAAUAUUAAUAUAUAAAUAUAUAUAAUAUUAAUGUUAAUGUUACUGGAAAACCCAUCGAAUAAGAUUUAAAAUUGAUAAAUAAAUAAAUUCAUUAUAUCAUAAAUGUUUAAAUAUUGUAUCAUUGUAAUUAAACAGAUAAUAAAAAUAAUUAUGUAACAUAAUCUCCCGUGUACGAAUAAAUAAAU